CUGCUGCUCGAACUACAUCAAAAACGUAGCGACGGACCAAUCAGAGGCACUGGGUGAAGAUGGGCGGAGUCAUCAUUUUCUUCUGAGAAAGAAAGACUCAUUUCUGCUCGACCGUUGGUCGCCAUUUUGAGGACCUUUAAGGAGCUGUUAAAGUUGUAACUACGCAGUUAAUUAUUUGCGUUUUUUUUAAAUAGUACUUUCGCUCGCAUAAGGAUAAAUGUCUCGAUUCAACAAUAACCGUGGUGGGUACGGGAUGAAUCAAUUUCAGCCACGCAGAGGCGGAGGUCCCGGUGGCCCUAUGCGUGGCGGCCUAAUGGGAAACCCGCAUUACCGAAACCACCCUUUCCAAAACUCCAACCAGAACCGGAGGGGAGGCAACAACAACUUCAGCGGAUCGAAUAGCCAGAAUUCCCAACAGAAGUCUGCGCAAAACCAGUCGAAGCCAAUUAUUCCUCCACCGAGCCCCGGACCGGCCCUCACCAUGAAAGGCCCGAUGGACCAACAGAAACCACCGGCCCAGCAAGAGCAGCAGAAACAGAACCCUCCUGUGGACCAGUCGAAGACCCAGACUUCAACUCCAAAACCGGACACGACCCCCGCUCAGGCCAACCAGAACCAGCAGAUCAAGACUCCGGCUGGUAAUGCCAACGCACAGCCGCAGAAGCAGCAGCAGCAGCAGACUCCACAGCAAAACCCGAAGCCGAGUCCACAACAAGGCCAGAAACCCGCACCGCAACAGAGCCCCAAGACGGUUCCGCAGCAGAGCCCGAAACCCGGUCCACAGCAGAGCCCGAAACCCGGUCCACAGCAGAGCCCGAAACCCGGUCCACAGCAGAACCCGCGACCCGGUCCACAGCAGAACCAGAGGCCUGGACCCCAACAGAACCAGAGGCCUGGACCCCAGCAGAACCAGCGACCUGGUCCCCAACAGAACCAACGGCCCGGUCCGCAACAGGCGUCUAGACCAGGCCAACAGCAGGGCCAAAGGUCUGGUCCCCAACAGGGCAACAAGACCGGUCCAGUCCAGGGUUCGGGCCCUAAGCCGCCCCAAAGGGCGGAACCGAUGGGCGAACAGAGACCGAAAGAGGAUCCCAACAAGAGCCAACCAGAUGAAGCAGGGACGUUCAAGGCUGCCUUGUCCAUGUUGCUGAAGCCUGGAGAGAAGUCCUACACACAGAGAUGCCGUCUGUUUGUUGGUAACCUGCCAAAUGACAUCACAGAAGAUGAUUUCAGGAAACUUUUUUCAAAGUAUGGAGAACCUUCUGAAGUCUUCGUCAACAAAGGAAAAGGCUUCGGCUUCAUCAGACUGGAGUCGCGCGCGCUGGCAGAAAUCGCUAAAGCUGAGAUGGACGACUAUCCGAUGAAGGGCAGACCACUUCGUGUUCGUUUUGCUACACACUCCGCUGCGCUGUCUGUGAAGAAUCUGUCUCCAUUUGUUUCCAACGAGCUCCUGGACGAAGCCUUCUCGCAGUUCGGGAUGGUCGAGAGGGCUGUCGUUGUCGUUGACGAUCGCGGACGCUCUGCAGGGCGCGGCAUCGUGGAGUUUGCUUCCAGAGCCGCUGCCAAAAAGGCUCUGGACCGAUGCAACGAGGGCGUUUUCCUUCUCACCGCGUCGCCCCGUCCUGUAGUUGUUGAGCCUCUGGAUCAGUUUGAUUGUGAUGAUGGACUUCCUGAGAAAUUUGUCCAGAAAAACCCAAAAUUUCAAGUAGCGCGUGAGCAGCCUCCUCGCUUUCCCCGCCCCGGCUCCUUUGAGUUUGAAUAUUCCAAACGUUGGAAGUCUCUGGAUGAAAUGGAGAAGCAGCAAAGGGAGCAGGUGGAGAAGAACAUGCGUGAAGCGCGCGAGAAACUGGAGAGCGAGAUGGAAGAUGCUUACCAUGAGCAUCAGGCCAACAUGCUGCGGCAGGAACUGCUGAGGCGGCAGGAAGAGCUGCGGCGCAUGGAGGAACUGCACAACCAAGAAAUGCAAAAGAGAAAGGAAAUGCAGCUCAGACAGGAAGAAGAACGGCGCAGACGGGAAGAAGAGCUUCUCAGAAAGAGGGAAAUGGAGGAACAGAUGCGCCGUCAGCGUGAAGAAAACUACCGAAUGGGAAACUUCAUGGAUAGAGACGUUGACAUACGGAUGCACACCAGUGGCUCCUUAGGCAUGGGAGACAUGGCCUUCAGCGGAUCCAGCCAGAACUUUGCGAUGAGUGGCCUCGGCUUUGAGGGUCAGUCUGGACUGGGAUCGUCUCCAGGAGGCAUGAUGACCAGUGAAAUGCAGCGCAGCGAGCGCUAUGUGCAGGGCGGCGCUAGAGGAAUGGGCGCCGGUGCCGCAGCGUACGGCCGCGUCCGUGAGGAGUUUGAUGGCCCCAUUAAGAAACCCCGUUUUUAAACGCUGCGUUUUGUUCCAGCAGCAAUAUUUGUAAAGCUACUCCAAGACGAACAUGUUGAGUCAGAAUUAUUGUAUUUAAGUUGAAACUGUUGCAUCAUUUUAUCCAUUUAAUUGAUUAGUUUUAUAAUUAAGUCGAUACUUUUUUUUUUUUUUUUUUU